AUGCAUCACUCUUCCGAAUACUUCAAUCUCAGUACUGGUAUACGUGAAGGAGCUAUUCAGGAUAUUAUGCAUAUGUUUUUCGACCUGCUACAAGCUAUCGCCAUCCCACCGAACAUUUUCUACGUUCACCGCUCUCUGAAUCUUCUCUCUCAAUUCUGGAUCCACUCGAACAUUGUACCUUAUCUCGGCCCACUUGAGUACUUCAUUAACACUCCAUCUAGUCACCGAGUCCACCACGGAAGAAAUCCAUAUUGCAUCGACAAAAACUAUGGCGGCGUCUUGAUUAUAUGGGACAGACUUUUCGGCACUUACGAACCGGAACGGAAAGAAGAAGAGAUUGCUUACGGACUGUUACGCCUGUGGGGUCAUUCAAUCAAAUGUGGUUUCUUCGCAUUCAAAGUUUUCGGUUACGACAAAGGUCAAAUGAGAAACGAGAAAAAUGAGGAGCUGUUUCCAGGAACGUGGAACAAGGUCGAGCGCCUUCCUACUGUUCGCUAUAAUCCUCCACUUUCCGACGCUAUUCGCUACUAUCUCUUAGCACAGUGGGUAUUUCUGAUACAUUGUUUUCUGCAAUUCAAUAUGCUCCGUACAUUCCUCGGUUGGACCGAAUUCCUCUGCCGACUCAGCUUUCUUAUUGCUUACAUACAAAUGUUCGGCUACUAUUUUGAUCAUAGUCGUUUUUCAUGGGUUUUCGACUCGUCGCGCUUGUCACUGUCUAUACUUCUCGGAGUUUUCCUACGUGACUCCUUGAUGGUUGUUUACGGUUGCACAUCGUUGGCAAUUGUUUUUUGGCUUGCAUCAGCUGGCCAAAUAUCAAUGACACAUACUGUCUCUAAUGUCAGUAAUAAUAUACAAGUGAAGGAGAAUUAUUCAUGA